AAACCCACCUAAUCAUUUGAUGAAUCUUGAUUUACCAGCAUGGACUACCUGGAUAUUGAAUCCUUUCGUUCCAAGUACAGCGACAUAACCGUGACAGCAGUGCCCAAUCGAUCCGCGACUCAGGAGAAGCAACCAAUGUCCAACGAUCCGGAAACUGUGGCCAAACAGCAGGAGCCGCGAGUGGAGAUCACCCGAGUGAAUGGAGGAGGAGCAGUGGGUUCUUCCUCUGCGAAUCCAGCAGCAAUGCAACGCAACAAACAGCAGCAAAACGCUGCUGCAUUCGCAUAUGCAAGUGAAUACAAGGAGGUGAUGGCCAAACUGGAGUACACCAAGUACAUGCAGACCCAGCUGCAAAUCAUGUCCAUGUCGAAUGGGGGCGGCUACUCCGGUAGAGGUGGGCUUGAUUUCGGUCUGAACGGAAUGAUGCCAACAUCUAAAACUCUUGAUGCCAAUGCCAAUAUAGUGGAUAAGUACUCCGACUUGCUGAAUAUCCUGGCCGAGAUGAGGUCAAAUUUGCCGCCCACAAUGAUAGGUUUGCGGGCGCCCAAAGAGCGCCUUCAGCGGGACAUUACCCAAGCGAGAAUAACGGUGAAGGAGUGCCUCCUGCUUCUGGAGAAGGACAAUCCCAAUCAGGAGACCAACGGAGGCCAUUACGAGGGCACCCCCACCAGUGAGUAGUCCCCUGGAAUCCGGGUUGUCCAUCUCCGCAUUGUUGGCGACGACACCUCUCCGCGAACGCCAGCUCCAUGACAAUAAAAAACGAGAACAACAAAA